AUGGUGAAGACUUCUGUUGUGAUUGAAGAGGGAGCUGGUGGCUGGUCCCCGCUGGAGUCCAACGAGCAGCAGUGGCUGCAGGUUGAUCUGGGAGACAGAGUGGAGGUGGUGGCGGUGGCCACCCAGGGCAGGUACGGGAGCUCAGCCUGGGUGACCGAAUACGCGCUGAUGUUCAGCGACACCGGCCGCAACUGGAGGCAGUACAGACAGGACGACGCCGUCUGGGUUUUCACAGGCAACAGCAAUGCUGACAGUGUGGUUCACCACAAACUGCUGCACUCUGUGAAAGCUCGAUUCCUGCGCUUCAUCCCCCUGAAGUGGAAUGUUGGUGGGGGCAUAGGACUGAGAAUUGAGGUCUUCGGCUGCACUUACAAGUCAGAUAUUGCAGACUUUGAUGGCAGAAGUUCACUUCUCUACAGGUUCAAUCAGAAGCUUAUGAGCACAUUCAAAGAUGUAGUUUCCCUGAAGUUCAAGAGCAUGCAGGGGGAUGGAGUCUUAUUCCAUGGAGAAGGACAGCGUGGAGACUACAUAACCUUGGAACUGCAGAAGGGAAAGCUCUCCUUGCACCUCAACCUGGGGGACUCCAACCUGCACUUCAGUAACAGCCACACGUCUGUCACCUUGGGCAGCCUCCUGGAUGACCAGCACUGGCACUCAGUUCUCAUAGAACGCUUCAACAAGCAAGUGAACUUCACAGUGGACAAGCACACCCAGCACUUCCGAACAAAAGGGGAUUCAGAUCACUUGGAUAUUGAUUAUGAGCUCAGUUUUGGAGGGAUUCCUGUCCCGGGGAAGCCAGGAACCUUUCAGAGGAAAAAUUUCCAUGGGUGCAUUGAGAACCUUUAUUACAACGGAGUCAAUAUAAUUGACCUGGCCAAAAGACGCAAACCUCAGAUCUAUACUGUGGGGAAUGUGACCUUUUCUUGCUCAGAACCACAAAUUGUUCCUAUCACCUUUGUGAGCUCCAGUCGAAGUUACUUGCUGCUGCCUGGCACUGCUCAAAUUGACGGUUUGUCAGUCAGCUUCCAGUUCCGAACAUGGAAUAAAGAUGGUUUACUUCUGUUCACUGAGCUCUCUGAAAACUCAGGACAUCUCUUGGUUUACCUCCAUGGUGGGAGAUUGAUGCUACUUAUUCAAAAGGAGACUGAGAACCCAGUGGAAAUCUCUGAAGGCACCAAUCUCCACGAUGGGCUCUGGCAUUCUGUUAACAUCAAUGCCAGAAGGCAUCGCAUUACCCUGACGCUGGAUAGCGACGCUGCCACCGCCAGCCACGCAACCACUGUCUCACGGAUCUACUCUGGGAACAGCUACUAUUUUGGAGGGUGCCCUGACAAUUUCACCGAUUCCCAGUGUUUAAAUCCCAUUACUGCUUUUCAAGGCUGUAUGAGGCUCAUCUUUAUUGAUAACCAGCCCAAGGACCUUAUUUUAGUUCAGCAAGGCUCCCUGGGGAAUUUUAGUGAUUUACACAUUGAUCUGUGUGGCAUCAAAGACAGAUGUUUACCCAACUACUGUGAACAUGGAGGAAAAUGCUCCCAGUCCUGGAACACCUUUUACUGUGACUGUAACAAUACAGGCUACAUGGGAGCCACCUGUCACAACUCUGUCUAUGAACAAUCCUGCGAGGCUUACCGACACCAAGGGAAGACAUCAGGUUUCUUCUACAUCGAUUCUGAUGGAAGUGGACCACUGGGACCACUCCGUGUUUUCUGCAAUAUAACAGAAGAUAAGAUCUGGACUGAAGUGCAGCACAACAGCACAGGGCUGACCAGAGUGCAAGGAGCUGGUCCAGAGAAGCCCUACACCAUGUCCUUCAACUACAGCAGCAGUGCAGAGCAGCUGGAGGCUGUGAUCAGCAGUGCUGAGUACUGCGAGCAGGAGGCAGCCUACCACUGCAAGAAGUCACGGCUCCUCAACACCCCCAAUGGAAUGCCAUUUGCUUGGUGGGUUGGCCGUGCCAAUGAAAAGCACCUUUACUGGGGAGGAUCUCUUCCGGGCAUUCAGCAGUGUGCCUGUGGAUUGGAAGAAAGUUGUCUGGAUAUGAGAUAUUUUUGCAACUGUGACGCAGAUAGAGAAGAAUGGACAAAUGAUACUGGCCUCCUUGCUUUCAAAGACCAUUUGCCUGUAACUCAGAUUGUGAUCACUGACACAAACAGAUCAAAUUCUGAGGCUGCUUGGAAAAUCGGUCCUUUGCGUUGCUAUGGAGACAGGCAGUUCUGGAAUGCUGCUUCCUUCAACACCGAGGCCUCCUACCUGCACUUCCCCACGCUGCACGCCGAGGUCAGCGUGGACAUCUCCUUCUUCUUCAAAACCACCGCCGUGUCUGGGGUAUUCUUGGAAAACCUUGGGAUUAAAGACUUCAUACGAAUUGAAAUAAGCUCCCCCAAGGAGAUCACCUUCUCCAUAGAUGUCGGGAAUGGCCCCACAGAAGCCACUGUGCAGUCUCCCACAGCGCUGAAUGACAACCAGUGGCACCACGUCCGGGCAGAGAGGAACCUGAAGCAAACCUCUCUGCAGGUGGACAACCUCCCCAAGAAGGUCCUGGAGGCCCCUGCUGAGGGACACUUCCGCCUGCAGCUCAACAGCCAGUUAUUUGUAGGGGGAACAGCUUCCAGACAGAAGGGCUUUUUGGGAUGUAUUCGAUCUCUGCAUUUAAAUGGACAGAAACUUGACCUCGAGGAGAGGGCUAAAAUGACACCUGGUGUAAAACCUGGAUGCCCAGGACAUUGCAGCAGUUAUGGGAACCUGUGCCAUAAUGGAGGAAAAUGUGUGGAAAAGUAUAAUGGUUACUUCUGUGACUGUACCAACUCAGCCUAUGAAGGACCUUUCUGCAAGCAGGAGGUGUCUGCAUUAUUUGAAGCCGGCACUUCUGUUACCUAUACUUUCCAAGAACCUUAUCCUGUCACAAAGAAUGCAAGCACCUCAAGCUCUGCCAUUUAUGUGGAUGCUGUCGUGUCCAAGGAGAAUAUUGCAUUCAGCUUUCUCACGGCACACUCUCCAAGCCUUCUGCUGUACAUCAACACCUACUUUCAUGAGUAUUUGGCUGUGAUUCUCUCCAAGAAUGGAAGCUUACAGGUCCGAUACAACCUGAGUAAGGAUGGGCUCCUCAUUUUCACCAUUGCAUCUGGAAAUUUUGCCAACCGAGAGCUGCACCGUGUGAAGAUUAACAGGGAGGGCAGAGAGCUCAUCAUUCAGGUUGAUCAAGUUCUCAAACUCAAACACAACUUUUCUGAGAUUGAUUUUAAGGCCAUUAAGUCACUCACCUUGGGCAAGGUCACAGACAGUUUGUCCCUGGACCCUGAAGUCUCCAAGGCAAAUGCCUAUGGUUUCACUGGCUGCCUGUCCUCUGUCCAGUACAACCACAUCUCUCCCCUGAAGGCUGCCUUACGCCAUCCCAGCAUUGCUCCCGUGACUGUCCAGGGCUCCUUGACAGAAUCCAACUGUGCAUCCAUGAUGGAAGCUGACGUGAACACAGCAACCACAAUAUAUUCCUCAUCAGAUCCUUUUGGGAAGACAGAUGAAAGAGAACCUCUCACCAAUGCAGUCAGAAGUGAUUCAGCUGUGAUUGGAGGCGUAAUAGCAGUUGUGAUAUUCAUCAUCUUUUGUAUCAUUGCCAUCAUGAGCAGAUUCCUCUAUCAACACAAACAAGCACAUCGAAAUAGCCAGAAAAAGGAGAAGGAAUACCCAGAAAACCUUGAGAGCUCCUUUAAAGCUGACAUUGACUUGCAAAACACAGUGAGCGAGUGCAAACGGGAAUAUUUUAUCUGAUGGACAAUGCAAUUUCUUCUUACUCUUCCUCCCCUAAUCUCCCUUUCUUUAUUCCUUUCUCCCUUCCUUUUUUCUUUUUGAAUUUUUUUUUUUUUUGUUUUUAACGCUCAUUUUUUGCUAGCUUCUUUUUCAUUUGGAAAAGACCGCCCUGCACAGGAAACACUGAGAACAGUCACAGUGCCUCAUUCUCUGCACAAGAACCUGGCAAUCACAGUUUACUUCUGCAGCUCAAGAGACCUGUUAUCCCAUCCUACACAAAAUAAGAUCCACAUGCACACCUGGUUUCUGCUGUCAGUUCUUGGAUGUUUCAAAGUCUUUACAUUUAUUUGUUGUUAUUUUUUCUCUGGAGCCAUUUAAGUCAUUGCUUUUACACUAGAGCUGGACUAUGUGGAGCACAGGUAAAGUAGUUGAACACAUAGCUCUGCAGAUACUGGGACAGGAUAGAGGGAAAGAAUGAGAUCAAAACAGCUGAUUUAUUUCACGGGCUCAUUUACAACAAUCAUAAAGAACCAGCCAAAUUCUCAAAUGUUACUAAUUGAUAUAUUGUCUAUUGAUUUAAAUGGUGUUAAAUUAAUUUGUACCAGUUGAAAAGCUGGUAUGACAUAAAGGAAAAUACAACCGUCCUCAUUAAGCUCCUUCCCCCAACCUCCUGUCCUUUUACUGUAACUUUUAGGCUUCUCAGUACUUUUCCAACAAUAUAUGUAUCAACAAUAAAUAUCAUUCCCAUGCACCUCUUUCACCUCCAUCUCAUAAGGCUGGCUACGUAGACCCAGCAUACACUAGUAUAACCCUAGCUGAAGCAUGGAAAAUAGUAGCUUGAAUUUCCAAGGGGUUUAGGAAGCUACUAGGACUUAGGUGCUCUAUAUUUGUCUGAAAUUUUAGAAAUGCAGCAUAUGCCUGUUCAUGCCACAUGGAGGAUUAUCACACACUGAGGUUAAACGCUGUUGCCCCUGUGGAAAAGAAAAAGAACAUAGAUGAGAAAAAAAACCAAAAUAGUUUAAUCUUAAACAUGACUCACACCUUCUGUCAGCUCUUCUAAAAAAAGAAAAAAUAAGUCCUACUACUCAAAGAAACCUCCCAAAACUGUGUGAAAGAUUGAUUGAUAUUUCCUGUUUGUAGAAAUUGGAAUAACUUCUCCAAAACUAAAUAGAGAGAGGUCUGAGGUCAUGUUUAAAAAGAUGAAUAUUUGAUAAACCUUCUUUACAAGGAAGAACCUUAGGGAAAUAAAGAGAUCCCAAAUACUCCAAAUUAAUCUUCACUUUUUUUCAAAGUGUUUUGUCCUUUCCUGAUUGGGAACUCUACUGAAGAAUCAAGUUUUGCCCAUUUUACUUGUGCUGCAUGGUUACAGUGUGAGGAUGAAAAUCCUCCUUUUCAAUCACAAACAUCCUAAGGGUAAGAAAUGAAGGAGUCCCAGCCAGUGAGGUUUUGAACACUCUGUUGUGUCCAUGUGACAUCUGCCUUUGCAGGGCUUAUAAAGAGGAUGUAGAAUUUGCUGGUGGUAGAAUGAAGCCUAAAGUUAAGGGGAAAAAAAAUCUUAUUCAUUGCAAUACUCCUGAUUUAAUUUGAGACAACUGAUUGUGCAGGUAAAUCUCCUUCUUUGCCCUACACCCUGUGCAGUCAUCCUGGGGUUUCCACAUAGUGGUCCUUUUUACAAAGAUUAAAAAUUAAGGAAUCCCAGUAUGAGGUAGUAGCCCACAGUAGAGAUGAGCUUACACUUGCAACAACUGCUGUUUUUCUAGGCAGUCCAUUGGAAAGGUAUGCAGGUGUUUAUUUCGGUUUUUGUUUGAGUUCUUUUUUUAUGAGAGGAGAGAGCAGAAAAGGAAGAAUAAAUAAAUAAAUGUUUGGAUGUGGUGAUUCUUUACCACUUCUUUUGGAGCACUCAGGGAAGAGAAAGCAGUCUUGGAGUGACAUCAUUCUUAUGUGAAGAGGAAUAUGAGGCCAGCCCUAUAACCAGAACUCUUCCCUGAGCAAUUUUAUAAAGCUGUCUAUUUUGAAACUAGUUUGGUGCCAUUCUCCCUCAGCCAUGGUCAGCUGCAGCCAUUUUGCCACACACUGGCUCUUUGGGUGACACAAUUAUUUGACAGUGUGUCUGUGUGAUGAGUAUUGGAAUGAUGGAUUGAGUAGCUGGGUUCUCUUUAUGUUGCUUUGUCUUUGGCAGUAAAAUCCUGUCAAAGCAAUUCCCUUUUCUCUUUCCUUCUUGCAGAUCAAGCUGCUUUGUUUGGCAUGGCAAAAGGGAGGAAAAGGAGAGGUCAUGGGUGCCUCUGCCUGUGUUUGAGUCUUCUUUUCUGAAAUGGCCUCUGUAUGAGACAUCGCUGAUGUGCUAAUGUGCUUAAUUGGCUACAUGAAGAAUGGAAUAGGAAGGCAAAACACUGAAAAUUUAGCUAGGUUGGGGUGCAUCUGUAAAAAGAAAGGACUUCAUAUGAAUAUAUACAUAAGUAUACAGAGAUGUGCAUCUAUACCUGAUGGAUGUACUGAAAUGGGAAGAUUUUUAUGUUACAGGGCUGAACAAAUAAACAAGUUUGUAUGGACUUCUAAAUCAGGAUGUCAAAAUUAUUCUUAUUAAAGAUAGCUAAAAUAUACUAAAUGAAGUACUCUAAAUAUAAACUCCUUGUUGUUUUUUGUUUUGUUCUAAUGCUUUCUUUAGUGAGUGCAUAAUUGGAUUUCCUUCAAUACAGUUAAAAGCAAUUAAUAUUUUUUUAUAAAAGAAAUACAGUUUUGAAAAAAUCUACUAGAGCUAAAAUUCAUUUUCCUUAGUUCAAAUUAGAACUUUUUUCCCAUCUAUUUCAAGCCAUUUCUGCUGGUUUUGUUAAUGUUUCUUUUUAAAUGGGCUGUUUUCACUUUUCCUUUUAGCUGUCAUCCUAGAUAAUAUUUUUAAGUAAAGCCAGGGGAUAAUACUUUUUAUGCAUAAAUUUUCAGAUUUCAUUUCAGUGAAAAACCUGCGACAGUCAAAGAGUUGUUUGCAGGCAGUUUGCAUUUUCUUCCUUUCCCUAGACAAGUUUCAUAAUGAAAGUAAGGGACUGGUAGAAGGUUACUGUCUCUUCUUUUUUCCUCUUGGUGAUAUGAUAUGUAACCUACGAAAUGAAAAUUAUUAUUGUUAGGCAAGCUAUGAAAUUAUGAAGUAUCUUAGGUAUGGAUUUCAGCACUGCAAAUUCCUGUUUUCCAGAAAAGACUUGAC